CGUGGCAUUGUUUACUCACUGGAGCGUCAAUUUGAAGUUUAUUUACACAAAAACUGCUCGCAUAACAACUUGGGUGACUCGAAAAAAAACUUGAUAAGCAACAAAGAAGAUAAGUGAUACAGCAACAAAAUUAUACAUGCGAAGCGGUAUUUAUAUGUACAUAUCUGUAUAGUUGUGUGUUUACAAAUGCAAUCAAAUACAUAUCUACACCAUCAACUAAGUCCAAGUCAGUCGAUUAAGACACUAUCCGCUGAUAUAAGCGCCGCUGUAGCUGCCAUUAUUUUAGUAAUCUCUAUUGGAAUCGCGCAAAAUCCACGAUUUGAACGUGUCACGAAAAUAGUUUGUUUUUGAUCGGUUAAUAUGGUGCAUAUAGCUACUUUGGAUGUGGGCACCACUACGGUGCGCUGUUUUAUUACAGAUGACAACUGUGAGGUUCUGGGCACCGCCACUGAAAGGGUUGAUUUGUUGAACCCUCAACCGGGAUACUUCGAAAUCGAACCGGAGGCGCUGUGGGUAAAGAUCGUCGCGGUAAUUAACAAGGCAGUGAGACAAGCCCAUUUAAAGCCCUCCGACAUUGAUUCUUUUGGCUUAUCGACACAACGCUGCACAUUCCUUACUUGGAAUCAUGAGACUCAGGAAUACUAUAGUAACUUCAUUACGUGGAAGGAUUUGCGCGCAAAUGCUUUGGUGGAUCAAUGGAAUGCUGGACUUAUAGUUAAGACAUUAAAUACCGUUUCCUAUGCACUCUAUUUGAUUACGCGAAGUAAUCGAUUUUUAGCGGCGAGCGUUUUGAAAAUGAUGAAUUCACAGGUCACAACAAGACUUCUACAUGAGGUACAGACCAACAAACGCCUUCAGGAAGCACUGCGUCGAAAAGAAGCACGAGUAGAGCUAUUGGACUCCUGGAUACUCUAUAAAUUGCGAUCGGGUAAUGGCUUACAAACAAAUGUGGAUCAUAUCAGCGAUAUAACUUCUGCAACGGCCACGGGUUUAUUUGACCCGUUUACGCUUUGCUGGACGCCGCUUGCGAAGUUACUCUGCGGAGUCGAGUCUGCGAUACUUCCUAAAGUUGUGGACAAUGACUAUAAAGAUUUCGGCAAUAUACAUCCAAAUGCCUUAGGACCCGAAUGGCAUAGCUCCUGCGUAUCAAUAAGCGCCUCCAUCAGUGAUCAAACGGCCGCCAUGUGGGGCUCACAAUGUUUUGAACGUGGCGAAGUCAAGAUAACAUUGGGCACAGGCGCUUUUCUCAAUCUAAUCACUGGAAGUACGUGUCAUGCCUCCGUUAUGGGUUUGUAUCCGUUGGUCGCCUGGCAAUUCAGAGACGCGAGAGAAAAAGCCCGCACAGUUUACUGCGUUGAGGGCGCAUCAAACGACAUCGGCACUUUGAUAGAAUGGGCAAAGCAAUGUGGUCUCUUUGACGAUCCAAUGGAAACUUCAGAUAUUGCUCACACAGUUCCAGAUACGAAUGGUGUUUAUUUUAUACCUGCCUUCAGCGGUUUGGGGCCUCCCAUCAAUAAUCCAAGAGCGGCAACGGGGUUUAUUGGCAUUACACUAUCUACGACGCGUGCGCAUUUGGUGCGUGCCAUAUUGGAGAGUAUUGUUUUCCGCACAGUGCAAUUAUGUGAAACCGUUAAAGCGGAAACCAAAUACACUUUGAAACUACUGAGAGUCGAUGGCGGUGUAUCACGUAAUGACUUUAUUUGUCAACUUUUAGCAGAUGCUACAGGGCUACAGGUUGAGCGCGCAACCUCAAUUGAAUCCAGUAUUUUGGGUGCGACCUAUAUGGUUGGUUACAAUAUGGGUCUAUGGAAUAGUUUUGGCGAUCUACACAAACUUCGUCAAAUCGAACGCAUUUUCGAACCACGCACGCAGUAUCAAUUGGCGAUUAGAGAACGUAUGACAAAUUGGAUGAAGGCGAUAAAACGUUUUGAAAAUUGGUAUUAAAAAAUAAAAACUAAUUGCAGUAGUCGCGUGCUAUUAAGAA